AUGGCCCAAACUGCAGAGACGACUGCUCACGAGCAGCUUGGAAGUGGAGGAGACAGUCCCCAGCUGCUCUCGACAGAACCUGUCGACUUUGCGCGACCUCGCCCUGCGUUUUUCGACAAUACAUCGCGUGCAUCGUCAGCGACACUCGAAGCUCGCGCGUCGGGUUAUGGAUCCAUUGCUGGUCUCAACCCAAAGGGCGAACCCGAGGACCAAGGCGCGUCGAGAGAAAAAGUGCAAGACGCUGGGGUUGCCAAUGCUAACAAUCUAUCACAAAGAGACGAGCUCCCUGCGCCUGUUCAGCGUCGCACACGUCGUCGGGUCCUUGUCGGCGUGUUUGCCGUCGUCGGAUGUGUGAUCGUCGUCCUCGCCAUUGUCCUCCCCGUCUACUUUGUCGUCGUCAGAAAGCGCGACUCGGAUUCUGGACACGUUGGGAGCACCGGUAGUGGCGAUUCGGGGACGAACACGGACAACGGUGGAACCAACUCGGGCAAUACUCCUCCCCCGAACACGCCUACUUGGGGUGGAGACGGCUCACUGGUGACAAAGGAAGACGGGACGACAUUCACUUACAAUAAUACAUUUGGUGGCUACUGGGUCUAUGACCCCGCCAACCCUCUGAACAAUUCUGCAAAGGCCCAGUCUUGGACGCCUUCGCUCGCCGAGCAAUGGCGCUAUGGCAUCGACAAGAUGUAUGGGGUAAACCUUGGCGGUUGGCUCAACCUAGAGCCGUUCAUUUCUCCAGCGCUCUACGAGCCCUUUUACCCAAACGCAGUCGACGAAUGGACCCUCUCAGAGCUCAUCCAGGCCCGCGACGGUAACCUAAACGCAAUCGAGGAACACUACAAGACGUUUAUCGUCGAAGAAGACUUUGCCAUGAUUGCCGCUGCCGGUCUCAACUGGAUUCGCAUCCCCAUUGCCUUUUGGGCCGUCGAGAAAUACGACAACGAACCCUUUCUCGAGCGCGUCAGCUGGACCUACUUUCUCAAGGCUAUCACUUGGGCACGCAAAUACGGCCUCCGUAUCAACCUCGACCUCCACGCCGUCCCAGGUUCCCAAAACGGCUGGAACCACAGCGGCAAGCUCGGCGAUAUCAACUUUCUCCGCGGCGUAAUGGGCUUGGCCAAUGCGGAGAGAACGCUCGACUAUAUCCGCAUCAUUACCGAGUUCAUCUCUCAACCCGAGUACAGGGACGUCGUCCCCAUGUUUGGCAUCCUCAACGAACCCCGCUCCAACUUUGGCUCGGGGUAUCCCAGAGAGGCCAUGCAAGCUUGGUACGCCGAGGCCUAUAGAAUCAUUCGAACUGCAGGAGGAACAGGCGCCGGCAAUGGUCCCUAUGUCUCCAUCCACGACGCCUUUUACGGCAUGAGCGGAUGGACUGGCUACACGUCGACUGCAGAUCGACUCGCAAUGGAUCAUCAUCCAUAUCUCGUCUUUGGUGAACCAAUCGACCUCCCGCCCUCUGGCUUUGUCCCCCUCCCGUGCAGCCGUUGGGCUGGCAUGUUCGCCGACGCCUCCAAUGCCUUUGGUCUUACAACAGCGGGAGAGUGGUCGCACGCUAUAAAUGACUGUGGACUUUACCUAAAUGCCGUUGGAAGAGGUACUCGGUACGAGGGAACAUUUGAAUCGACGACACGUAUCGGCGAUUGCGCUCAAUGGGACGACUAUUCGACGUGGAGUCAGGACACCAAGGACGCUCUUCGUGGAAUGAGCCUUUCGACCAUGGACGCGCUCCAAAACUGGUUCUUCUGGACGUGGAGGAUUGGAGAGACGUUGCAGACGGGCAAAGUUCGUGCACCAUUCUGGUCAUACAAGCUUGGCCUCCAAGAAGGCUGGUCGCCGACCGACCCUCGUGACUCUAUCGGUCAAUGCCAACGACUGGGCCAAGCCACCAAUACUUUUACUGGCCCCCUUCAACCGUAUCAGAUUGGUGGGACCGGUCAAGGCGGCGUUGGUGCCCUCGACGCCUAUCCAUGGCCACCGAGUGCCAUUGGCGGUGGCUUUGCGGCUGCUGCAGUCCCCCGUUAUACACCCACCGGUUCACUCCUUACAAUGCCCGGAGUCACUGUCACGUCUCUCGGAAGCAGUGCAACGUUUGCUGUUGGUGAUGGCUGGGCGAAUGACGCAGACACCACCCCUAUGCGCGUUCCUGUCCAAGGUUGCGUAUAUCCGAAUCAGUGGGACGCCAAUAAUGCGGCCGUUCCUGCCUGUGGAGUUGGUAUUGCAAAGAGAGACGCCCCGACGCCGGCGCCAAUGCUGUAA